UCCUUAUUUAGUCAGUGAGGAGGAAAGUGGGAGGCCCAGCCCAGAAAGCAGUGGGGUUUGGGAAAAGGGUGCCACUGUACAGGGCUGUCAGCACAAACCAAUUAUUUUGUCAAGCAAAGUGUGACUCUGAUUGCUUGCUACCUCUCUGCCAGACUUUUACAAGUUUUUAAAAUGUUCCUAUGUAGUGAACGGCAGCAUCGAAGUGCACUAGGACAUUACAGUAUGUGACUUCGUUUGUGACCUUCUGGGCUUAAAAAGAUGACCCCUCAACAAAGCAUUGGCCCCCACUGCAAAGUAAACUGCAAUGAGUCAAGUAUUCAAGAGAAGGAGAAGGUAAGUACUAAUCAUACUUUAUUGUCUUUAAUGUUCUACAGUAGGUACUGUGCGAUCUCAAUUCACUGUGUGUGUGUGUGUGUGUGUGUGUGUGUGUGUGUGUGUGUGUGUGUGUGUGUGUGUGUGUGUGUGUGUGUGUGUGUGUGUGUGUGUGUGUGUGUGUGUGUGUGUGUGUGUGUGAGAGAGUGAGAGUGAGAGAGUGAGAGAGUGAGAGAGUGAGAGAGAGAGAGAGAGAGAGAGAGAGAGAGAGAGAGGAUACACCUACUGUACAUCUACAAAGAGUAGAUUAAUGUUUAGAAUGUAGAAUAAUAUUUUGUAUUCAUCUCUGUAAAUCAGGCUGAAAGCUGUAUCAAGGUUUUACAUAGCAUGUCCUACAACUUAGAUGUAUGUCGACAAUGGCAGUCUCCUCUCCUCUGUAUUAUCCUCUCAUUUACCUAUCAUGUUAAUGGAACUUGUGUGUGGUCUCUUUACAUCACUGGGCUUGACGAUCCAAGGUUGAAAUUGAAUUCACCAUCCUACACUAUAUAUGGUUGGAGAAGACAGCUACACAAUGAUACCCAACUAAUUAUUUUAUAUAACAAUAAUCAGUGUGCACAUCUACUGCAUACAAGAUGGAUUGUAUAAUGUAAGCAUACUGUGUCCAUAAUAAGUAUAUAGGUUGUAGGUUGGGAGCUUUUGUGAAAGAGCACAGUUAGAAAGAUAUGGCAUAUAGAAGCAAACCGGAUGGACAUCAUGAAAAUGAUCGGAGAGGUUGAGAGUAGAAGAAGUUCAGGAGAAAAAACUAACAAAAUAUAAUUAUUGUAAAAUUGACUGUGUCCAUAAAAUGUAUAUAGUAAGUAUAAGCUGGAAGUAGAGGCCUAAGCAUUGUUGUUCACUAGUUUACUCCAAUUAGGGAAAGGGUGGUGGGGUUGGAAAGUAAUAAAGGGGAAUAUGUAUUUUUUAAAGGAUAUGUAUGUGUAUGUAUGUAUGUAUGUAUGUAUGUAUAUGUGUAUGUGUGUAUGUAUGUAUAUAUAUAUAUGUAUAUGUAUUUAGUCAGCCACCAAUUGUGCAAGUUCUCCCACUUAAAAAGAUGAGAGAGGCCUGUAAUUUUCAUCAUAGGUACACGUCAACUAUGACAGACAAAUUGAGAAAAAAAAUUCCAGAAAAUCACAUUGUAGGAUUUUUUAUGAAUUUAUUUGCAAAUUAUGGUGGAAAAUAAGUAUUUGGUCACCUACAAACAAGCAAGAUAUCUGGCUCUCACAGACCUGUAACUUCUUCUUUAAGAGGCUCCUCUGUCCUCCACUCGUUACCUGUAUUAAUGGCACCUGUUUGAACUUGUUAUCAGUAUAAAAGACACCUGUCCACAACCUCAAACAGUCACACUCCAAACUCCACUAUGGCCAAGACCAAAGAGCUGUCAAAGGACACCAGAAACAAAAUUGUAGACCUGCACCAGGCUGGGAAGACUGAAUCUGCAAUAGGUAAGCAGCUUGGUUUGAAGAAAUCAUCUGUGGGAGCAAUUAUUAGGAAAUGGAAGACAUACAAGACCACUGAUAAUCUCCCUCGAUCUGGGGCUCCAUGCAAGAUCUCACCCCGUGGGGUCAAAAUGAUCACAAGAACGGUGAGCAAAAAUCCCAGAACCACACGGGGGGACCUAGUGAAUGACCUGCAGAGAGCUGGGACCAAAGUAACAAAGCCUAUCAUCAGUAACACACUACGCCGCCAGGGACUCAAAUCCUGCAGUGCCAGAUGUGUCCCCCUGCUUAAGCCAGUACAUGUCCAGGCCCGUCUGAAGUUUGCUAGAGUGCAUUUGGAUGAUCCAGAAGAGGAUUGGGAGAAUGUCAUAUGGUCAGAUUAAACCAAAAUAUAACUUUUUGGUAAAAACUCAACUCGUCAUGUUUGGAGGACAAAGAAUGCUGAGUUGCAUCCAAAGAACACCAUACCUACUGUGAAGCAUGGGGGUGGAAACAUCAUGCUUUGGGGCUGUUUUUCUGCAAAGGGACCAGGACGACUGAUCCGUGUAAAGGAAAGAAUGAAUGGGGCCAUGUAUCAUGAGAUUUUGAGUGAAAACCUCCUUCCAUCAGCAAGGGCAUUGAAGAUGAAACGUGGCUGGGUCUUUCAGCAUGACAAUGAUCCCAAACACACCGCCCGGGCAACGAAGGAGUGGCUUCGUAAGAAGCAUUUCAAGGUCCUGGAGUGGCCUAGCCAGUCUCCAGAUCUCAACCCCAUAGAAAAUCUUUGGAGGGAGUUGAAAGUCCGUGUUGCCCAGCGACAGCCCCAAAACAUCACUGCUCUAGAGGAGAUCUGCAUGGAGGAAUGGGCCAAAAUACCAGCAACAGUGUGUGAAAACCUUGUGAAGACUUACAGAAAACGUUUGACCUGUGUCAUUGCCAACAAAGGGUAUAUAACGAAGUAUUGAGAAACUUUUGUUAUUGACCAAAUACUUAUUUUCCACCAUAAUUUGCAAAUAAAUUCAUUAAAAAUCCUACAAUGUGAUUUUCUGGAUUUUUUUUCUUCUCAUUUUGUCUGUCAUAGUUGACGUGUACCUAUGAUGAAAAUUACAGGCCUCUCUCAUCUUUUUAAGUGGGAGAACUUGCACAAUUGGUGGCUGACUAAAUACUUUUUCCCCCCACUGUAUGCCUAUUAUAUAUAUAUAAAACAUGGAGGAUUGGAAGUGAUGCAGACAAUUACAUUGAUGGAAGUUACAAUCUAUCUGCAAUACUAAGCUGAUCUACCCCGUAAUAAAAAUAAUAAUAAUAAUAAUAAAUAAAUAAAUACAUUUAAAAAAUAAAUAAAUAAAAAAUCAGUGUGCACAUUUACUGCAUACAAGCUGGAUUGUAGAGUAGGAAAGCUAAGUUCCACAUAGUAAUAAUGCAGAUGGACAUUAACAGUCUUUGACAGAGGCAAUAUUGGCUUUCAUUUAAGAAAAUCAAGACAAAAUGGAGGUGGAUGAAUCAAAUGUAAAUGAUGUCAUAUAUAGAGAGAUUUGCAAUACCAUAGAAAAUACUUGCACAGCACACAAUACAUAACAAGUGUAUCAAUAUUUCUAUUUUUGUGUCCAUCCAAAUGGACCAAAAAAUUGGACCACACAGAUUUAAUGUUGAGGAGUUGAGCAUUCUAUUUUAAACCCCCCGGCAGCAUUGUGUAGCUCUAUCACCAUGGGCUAAUAAUACUGACGGGAUGGUGAGGGCUUCCUACACUCCACAGCUGCCUAGCAGAGGCAGGAAACAGAUGCACCUAUCCCACAUGCUGCUUUCCAUCAGCUAUGGAAAAAACAUGUUAGUUAUUUAUUUAUGCAGUGCUACAGUUAUAUUGUAUUGUACUUUAUGAGAUGCAGUAGCCUACAAUUUGAUAUAUAUAUUUUUUUAUUGUCACAUACUGUACACCGGAUAGGCGCAGUGAAAUGUGUUGUUUUAUGGAUGAUAAAUGACUAACCAUUAGGGCUGUGACGAUACCAGUAUCGCAAUAUUUUUUCCAUGGCAAAAAUGUAAACACGAAGCAGACCAAACUCUUUGGUCCUUUAAAAACCUGCUAUAUGUAAAAUAUUGUGUGCUAUAGCUUAGGAAAUAAAUACAUGUGACUUUGGAUGACAACAUAGGGAUGUUUGUUUCCAAAAUUAGGGUUGUUUUCCUAAAGAAGUUAAAUCCGCUUAGUGUUUUGUUUCCUUGCCACGAUACUAACGAAUAUCGCAAAACUGAUAUCGUCCCGGCCCUACUAACCAUGUACAGAGUAGGCCUACAGAUAUCAAUUCCUGGUAUUACCAAUUUUACAUGGGCUCUACCCAGUGGGCAAAAUUGUCAGUGACUGCCUGCUGACUUUCUUUACUUCUCUGUCACUGACUGCAAACUUAUUUUCCUGCUGCGUUAAUGUGUUCUAGAUUACAGUGCAUGGUCAAAACAAGGCUCUCCUCAGCAAAAUUACAUGAAGGUCACUGCAAACCAAGUCAUUAGGAAAGACAAUCCAAUCACUUUGAAGGUUGGUCAUGUGUAAUGAAAUAAUAACAGUAAUUAAUAACAAUGAAAACAUGAUCUCCUCUCAAUAAUUAUUUUCCACAAGUCUUUGUGCGCUUUAAUUAAGCAUAAUUAAACUGGUAAAGUUAGCAGUUGGUGGCAGUGUAACAAAUGCAGUCUGUAGGACUGCGUUCUGUGGGCACACAGCACCUACAACAUCAGCUAACUAACACUCUACUUUUCGUAUUAGCACUGACUUUGCUGACAGCUACUUUAUUGAGGGAAAAUGUACUUACUAUGACUGAGAUAUGUGGUUGUCUCACCUAGCCAUCAUAAGAUGAAUGCACUAACUGUAAGUUGCUCUGGACAAGAGCGUCCGCUAAAUAACUGAAAUGUAAAAUGUAAAUGUAAACAGUCUAUCCUGUUCCAUACACUACUUUCAAGGUAGGGAAUCAUCUAAUGUUGUUAAUAUGGGUGAACUACCCCUUUACCAAGCCACUUUUGGCUCCAGGAAUGAAUGAUUUGUUUAUCUCAUCCUUGAUCGGAAAAUUGAUGUUUUUUCUCAUAGAAAAUGAGGACAACGCUUCAGCGAAGACACUCUGGCCAAUCAGCCAUCACAAAGGCCUUCAGCAAACCGAAGGGCCACAGCAGGUCAGCCAUAUAAAAAGUACUGCCACUUGCAGUGCCCAACCAUCUGUCUGUCUGUCUGUCUGUCUGUCUGUCUGUCUGUCUGUCUGUCUGUCUGUCUGUCUGUCUGUCUGUCUGUCUACACACUUGUCUCCAGGCUUGUUUCCCCUUUUUACUCAUGCUAUUUGUAUUAACAGCUCCAUUUGUCUCAUGUCAGUGACUGCUUCUGUUUACUCACUGCUCAGCCAUAAUAACAGUCUCAUCUGACAGGAAAAUCUACGUUUUUCCAGCCAUUGUUAUUGUUCAGUAAUACAAUAUUUGUACUGCUGUCAGCUUUGCACAGGCCCUGCCACUGCAUUUGCCAUAAAAGCAAACUCGAAGCAGACUGGUAGACUUAUGUUGUGAUGAGUUAUUGAACGACAUCCUGUCAUACUGGUUAAGGUAUGUUUUGUUAGUUGUCACGAUCGUCGACAGAUGAAGCGGACCAAGGCGCAGCGUGAUAAGCGUACAUUCUUUAUUCAGUACACACACGAACCAAAACAACAAACGAACGAUACGUGAAGUCCUAGGUUACAACACAAACCUUUCGGAACAAGAUCCCACAAUAAACUAGUGAAAACAGGCUGCCUAAGUAUGGUCCCCAAUCAGAGACAACGAGCUACAGCUGCCUCUGAUUGGGAACCACCCUGGCCAACAUAGAUCUAAACGAUCUAGAACGAAAACAUAGAAAAUGUAACAGAAAUUCCACACCCUGGCUCAACAUUUAAGAGUCCCCCGAGCCAGGGCGUGACAUUAGAAUUCAGCAGAAGAAUGCAUAUGCCCCAUCCGACCUAUGGAUAGGCUUGUGUGGUUUUCUAUACUCUCAGUUUCAUCAAUCUAGUUUCUCCAAAGACGUUUGUACUGCCCUUGAGCUGUGGAGUGGCUAACAUUUUGUUUUCAUGUUUGAUCCUCCUCUCUUCUCCAAGCCCUGCUCUAGCUCACUGUCUCAGUGACGCAUAACGCACACAGCACUCCACAGUCCCAAGGUCUGUAGCGCUGCCAUCUGCAAAUAAUUCCUGCCUUUAUUUGGCCUCAGAGCUGCUCUAUCAUGGUAACGGCAGAUAAACAGUGAGGGGUAACACAAACAACCCCUUUGAAAUAUGGCACGUGGGGCUCUUGCCAUCUUGGAUUAGCUCCUAUAAAAAUGGAAGAGAAUUUAGUCUCUAUCUACCUUUUGAUUGGCUUGGUUUACAAAAGAUGGCUAUCAAUCCACACUUCAUUCUGUAGAUGUCUGGAUUCCCUCUCUGUGCCCUUUUUUGUCUCACAGUCAUGUACAAAUAACUUUUUCAAGGCAGACAAUCAGUACUGUAGUACAUGCUUUUGUAUUUGCAGCAACAAUCAUAGUGAUUUCAACAUUGAUACUAAAUAAAUAAUUGUCAUUUGACACGUUUGUGUGCUACUGGGAGCUACGUUGUAGUUCCAUUUCCCUUAGGCAAGUAUUUGAGUCGUCAGAUCAGACACACUCAUAUUUGUUGAACAUUGAAUUAUUUAAUUACAAUUAAACUUAAAUAAACAUCACUUAUAUACAACGGGUGCCCAGAAGCCAUGCAUUCCCAUGAGUAUCAGACAUCUAAAUAGUUAAAUUAUUCAAAUAUGUAACCCCUACAAAGUAUGUAACCCCUGUGUGUUUUUUCUGUGAUGUGAUAAAUGUAUUGUAAAUGCCUGUUUGAUGGGAGACUCAAGGCAAAGUCACCCAAGUGGAUUCAAUUAAAUUAAAAGUACAAUUAACUGAAUCAUUGCCAGAGACAUGAUAUCGCCUUUACAGAGUGGUUUUUGUCUUUAGGGAUGGCGUCCCAGUCCCAUCACCAAGAGCACAGCUGAUCCAGAGCCUAACGUCCCAGAGUGCAGAGUUUGUGAUGGAGGAGCGCAUGCAGCUCAGCACUGGACCGCAGACCCAAGAGAGACACUUGUUCCUUUUCAGUGACACACUCAUCAUCACUAAAUCAAAGUUAGUCCUCAGCAUCUAAAAAUAAUGUCCACUUACUGAACAAGAUGAAUGGGAAUAGAUGACAACUAACAAUGGCAUAUUAGAAGUGAGCAUUUUGUUAUUUAUGUCAAUUGUGCAGAUUUUGAUAAUCUUAGGACGAGAGUGACACUUUAAUUAAAAAAUAUAUAUAAUGUAAUUGAUGAUUGCAAUUAACGUUGUAUUUGUACUGAUCAGUGGCGGCUCCUGAAAAAAUUCUCAGGAGGGGCAAUUUUUCUGAUGAUUUAGGUGACCUACACACAUUUAAAAAAAGAUAUGUCCAGCAACAACAUGAAGACAGGGGCAGCAUAUAAGUCAAUACCAGAAGCAUUUAUUGACUGAUCUCAAAAGUGUUGGCUUACCAGGGUUGGUGGAGCCCUCAGUUUCAUCUUUGCCUCGCAAAGCUAACUCAAACACUCCGCAAAACUUCACACACUGGAUUAGCCGGCUGAGGAUGUGGCGGUUCUUGCUAAUGUCGUAGUAAAUAUAUUUGUUAUAGUGAAUAUGGAAUAUGAUAUGUUGAGUAAAAUGUUGUGCUAAGAUCUAUUUAGGUCAGGAGCUGGUUAUAAGUUCUGUUCCUAUCCAAUAACAAUGGACAAAAGGGUCCUAUCUUGUCAGCCUUGUCAGCAGGUGGCCAAGGACAACACCCACGCCAUAGGCCUCUCAGUUCUUCCAACUCACGAGUUCUUGCUCUGAGGACACACACACACACAAACACACACACACACACAUCAUCACUGUUAAACACACACACACACACACACACACAAAAAUCCCCUCUCUUAGGCUGAACAUUUGAAGACAGAGAACCCGACUCAGAGCCAAUGCAACAGUGACAGUAGCCUGCAGGGGACCUCGCCCAACUCAUCAGGACCAAUCAGAAGAUCAGAACUACUAGAUUGAACCUACUUCAUUUAUUGCAUAAAAUGUCUGCACACAAUGUUUCGGGGCUCUCUUCAGAUAAUAAUAAUAAUAAUAAUAAUAAUAAUAAUAAUAUGCCAUUUAGCAGACGCUUUUAUCCAAAGCGACUUACAGUCAUGCGUGCAUACAUUUUUGUGUAUGGGUGGUCCCGGGGAUCGAACCCACUACCUUGGCGUUACAAGCACCAUGCUCUACCAGCUGAGCUACAGAAAGUGGAUACUCAUGGAUGCGCAUUGCAAUUGUAAAAUGUCAACACAAUUGGAGACACCACGUCAUUUUUGGAGACAUGUUAUUGACAGUAAACUAUUGUAGAUGCGACUGCUAACUAACUAAAACAUUUUAGCUGGCUAGCUAAUCAUCUUAGCUAAAUGUGGGGCAAACAAUUCAGUUAUUUACCGUUAAUUUGAGGGAUUGGGGUGAAAGAAAUCGAGUUACAUAGUGAUACUUUACGAUAUACUGUAUUGACAAUAUCGCAAUAUUUUAGCGCUAGUUGGCUGUACCUGCACCAAAACACCAUUAUUGUUCCUUCAUAGCUUGUUCUCAAUCUUUUCACAUUGGGAGCCAAUUUGUUUUCAGCACUUUUAUUUCCAUGACUGAUCAAAACUCGUUCUCAUGGCUUUCUGAUCCCUCUGCAACAGACAUAUGGUGCGCAAUAAAAUCACAGUAUCGAAUCGCAAUACGUAUAGAAUCAUGAGACUCGCAAUGCUGAUGCAUAUAUCUUAUCGUGAGGUUCCUGGCAAUUCCCAGCCCAAGUUCAUUUGCCACAACAAAUCUCUUCGCUAGCAAACGCGAUGUCUUCUCCAAAACGGCAAUGUGUCUCCAGCAAUGUUUACUUUUUUGACGUUCUAUGGCAUCUCCACUUUCCAAGCAUAUAUGACCACAUGUAAUAUUUUGGUAAGUGAUGCAAAUAGUGAACUAUGUAGGGCCAGGAUGUAAAAUAUAUGUAGCUGCAGCAAUUUCUCUUAUCUGAUAUGGUAAGUAAUGGGGCUUAAUUUAUAGCUCCCUAAGAGUUUGACGAACGGGUCCGUGAACGCGAUUCCAGAUAUAUUUACCUCUGAAUAAACUGCCUUUAUUACACCAUAUCCACAUCCAGUAAACUUGUGAUUAUCAACACUAACCUCAUCGUUGUGGCGGCGGACAGCUAGCCUGUAUCCCUCGUCAUCCAGUUGAGUGAGUGGCAAUGUCUUUUUUCGUUCGUACCAAUUUUUGGAAAAUCCUCGGGUGUAGGACUUUCCGCCUUUAGUAGAAACCUGUUGAAUUAUUAAAUUUGGUCUGGGAGGUCCUAAUUGUUUCGUUGCCAAUUUAUCUUCAUUCGUUCGCCGACAAAAAGGAACUUCUUUCAAACAAUCCACUCUUUUCUCAGUUACGUUCAUGGUUACGUAACGUAUGACGAAAGCGCGUAAGUGCAAGCCCACAGACACCCAUUGAGAUUGUAUUGAAGGCUCUGAAAUUUGAAAAAAAUAGAUUUUACAUGGGAGUCUAUGACAGAAGUUCUGGGCGAUUUUCAAUCUGACUGAAAUCGCCCCAAAAGGGGGUGGAGCCAUUUGAAGCACGACUUUAGCCUGAUUCGACGUUUAGUGGCAGUGUGGCACUGUGGCAGAUCAGACGUAUAGAUUACAACACUGAUAACUACUGUGUUGAAAAAAAUCCCUUCCUUUUCCCGUUUGGCAGUGCGUCGCCCAUAUCGCCCUAUUGAACAGGCCGUCCCUGGUACUGAUAGAUAGCUGAUAGUGGUGUAUCUACCCUGUUGUCUUGCAGGUCUUCCUCAAGCCUCAAACUGAAGGAGAGCGUGAGGCUGUGUGAGAUGUGGUUGGCUUCUUGCAUGGAAGAGGUUGCAGAGAGAAAACUGAGCUCAAAGAACUCCUUUGUCAUUGGCUGGCCUACCACCAAUUACGUGGUGACUCUCAGGUAGGCUACUCCAAUCUGGUCAUUUUUGGUAAGAACAUGGCAUUUCAUCAAAAUCACAUUUUCAAUUGCCAGAAUAAUAGAUUAACAUUAAACUUGGGGGGGGGAAAUAUGACAUUUGUCUUCCCUAUCAGUUCAUCUGAGGCGAAGGAGAAAUGGCUUUCAGCUUUACAAUGGUAAGGAAAUACUUACAAAACCCAAGUGUACAAUAUAGAAAAUGACUUCUGAAAUUAAAUGUCGACACUUUUAGAAAAAAAGGUAAUAUCUAGAACCUAAAAGGGUUAUUUGGCUGUCCCCAUAGGAGAACCCUUUGGAGAACCCUUUUUGGUUCCAGGUAAAACCCUUUUGGGUUCUAUGUAGAACCCUUUUCACAGAGGUUCUACAUGGAACCAAAAAUGGUUCUACCUGGAACUAAAAAGGGUUAUCUUAUGGGGACAGCCGAAGAACCCUGUUGGAACAAUUCUUUCUAGGAGUGUAGGAUUAUGUAUAUAUCUGAUGCAGGCACAUUCCAGACAUAUAUAGCACUUAUAUACAGUGGGGAAAAAAAGUAUUUAGUCAGCCACCAAUUGUGCAAGUUCUCCCACUUAAAAAGAUGAAAGAGGCCUGUAAUUUCCAUCAUAGGUACACGUCAACUAUGACAGACAAAAUCACAUUGUAGGAUUUUGAAUGAAUUUAUUUGCAAAUUAUGGUGGAAAAUAAGUAUUUGGUCAAUAACAAACGUUUCUCAAUACUUUGUUAUAUACCCUUUGUUGGCAAUGACACAGGUCAAACGUUUUCUGUAAGUCUUCACAAGGUUUUCACACACUGUUGCUGGUAUUUUGGCCCAUUCCUCCACGCAGAUCUCCUCUAGAGCAGUGAUGUUUUGGGGCUGUCGCUGGGCAACACAGACUUUCAACUCACUCCAAAGAUUUUCUAUGGGGUUGAGAUCUGGAGACUGGCUAGGCCACUCCAGGACCUUGAAAUGCUUCUUACGAAGCCACUCCUUCGUUGCCCGGGCGGUGUGUUUGGGAUCAUUGUCAUGCUGAAAGACCCAGCCACGUUUCAUCUUCAAUGCCCUUGCUGAUGGAAGGAGGUUUUCACUCAAAAUCUCACGAUACAUGGCCCCAUUCAUUCUUUCCUUUACACGGAUCAGUCGUCCUGGUCCCUUUGCAGAAAAACAGCCCCAAAGCAUGAUGUUUCCACCCCCAUGCUUCACAGUAGGUAUGGUGUUCUUUGGAUGCAACUCAGCAUUCUUUGUCCUCCAAACACGACGAGUUGAGUUUUUACCAAAAAGUUAUAUUUUGGUUUCAUCUGACCAUAUGACAUUCUCCCAAUCCUCUUCUGGAUCAUCCAAAUGCAAACUCUAGCAAACUUCAGACGGGCCUGGACAUGUACUGGCUUAAGCAGGGGGACACGUCUGGCACUGCAGGAUUUGAGUCCCUGGCGGCGUAGUGUGUUACUGAUGGUAGGCUUUGUUACUUUGGUCCCAGCUCUCUGCAGGUCAUUCACUAGGUCCCCCUGUGUGGUUCUGGGAUUUUUGCUCACCGUUCUUGUGAUCAUUUUGACCCCACGGGGUGAGAUCUUGCGUGGAGCCCCAGAUCGAGGGAGAUUAUCAGUGAUCUUGUAUGUCUUCCAUUUCCUAAUAAUUGCUCCCACAGUUGAUUUCUUCAAACCAAGCUGCUUACCUAUUGCAGAUUCAGUCUUCCCAGCCUGGUGCAGGUCUACAAUUUUGUUUCUGGUGUCCUUUGGCAGCUCUUUGGUCUUGGCCAUAGUGGAGUUUGGAGUGUGACUGUUUGAGGUUGUGGACAGGUGUCUUUUAUACUGAUAACAAGUUCAAACAGGUGCCAUUAAUACAGGUAACGAGUGGAGGACAGAGGAGCCUCUUAAAGAAGAAGUUACAGGUCUGUGAGAGCCAGAUAUCUUGCUUGUUUGUAGGUGACCAAAUACUUAUUUUCCACCAUAAUAUGCAAAUAAAUUCAUUAAAAAUCCUACAAUGUGAUUUUCUGGAUUUUUUUUCUCUCAAUUUGUCUGUCAUAGUUGACGUGUACCUAUGAUGAAAAUUACAGGCCUCUCUCAUCUUUUUAAGUGGGAGAACUUGCACAAUUGGUGGCUGACUAAAUACUUUUUUUCCCCACUGUAUUCCUAUUUGCCACAGGCACAUCACCAAAUCCAAGAAAGUGGAAUAUCCCAGCAUUCUAACCAUGAAGGUUGUUUUCAUGAAUAUUGGAAAUAGUGCAAUGGUAAGGGAAUUCACUCAUCUACAACUACUACUGCUUCUCCAAUGCUUAUUGAUAAUUUCCCCCAAAAGUUAAAGUUCUAAAUGAAAUACAUUGAAUGAAUGUAUGACUUUUCCUAGUUAACAUUACAUUUAUUAAAGUAACCUCAGACAAUCUUUGUGUACGUAUUUGUGUUUUGUUUUAAUGUAGACAACUGUGAAUGUGGACAAUAAAGACGACAUUGACAAAGUCAUCAGGAUCCUCACCCAACAGUUAAGACUCACUGUGAGUUGUAGCCACUAGUUACUGUAGUCAUUAUGUCUUAGCUCUAUUAUUAGAUGUAAUCCAUAUUUUUUCUGUAUGGAUUUUCUGUUUGUAUUAUGUAUGAAAAAAAUAAAUUACUAUCAUUAUAGAAUAAUAUAUUAUUCCUUUUUUAAAGUUGAAGAUAAUCAUGCAAGACCUAGACCAGGUUUCUCCAACCCUGUUCCUGGAGAAUCAGGUGCGCUAGAUUAGGGUUGGAGCAAAAACCUACAGGACAGUAGCUCUCCAGGAACAGGGUUGGAGAGCCCUGACCUAGACUCAAGCUCUCCAAGCUCUGCAAUGUUACAUAUGUUGCAACAUGUUUAAGUAAAUCAUUUGUUUAGUUUUAUAAGGUUUACUCUUUAGAAUUUAGAUCAUUCUCCGCUACCACUGGCCUAAAUUUUUACUCCUAGAUCAUUAGAGUAGGCCAGAAGAGUAUCACAAGAGGAACAAGGAUAAUUGACAACGUUUUGUGCAUUUCCUGUCUCUGACCAUGCCUGGCCGUGUAGAUAUCUCUGAUUUUCCUUUCUUCCUCCUAAACAUAAUUGUCUUUUUCUACUCCCAUAGGGCAGACCCACUGACUACCGCCUCUGGGUUGUCUCAGGGAGAGAGGAAGCCCCAUACCCUCUUAUCGGUGAGGAAAUGCGUCAGUACUAUCACUGUGCACUGAAACACGCCUCCAAACACAGUCAGGAUGGAGGCACACUUGGCUUGGCUUGGGUUUUAGACCAUAGUGUUUCUGUGUAGUCAAGGGAUUACCCAAACCAAACCAAUAUUUCAGUUGGGUAGGUUUUUGGUCAGUACUCAUCCUAGGUGUGUUCACAUGGAGGGUUUGUGACUUGAAACUGUAAUCUGGCGACAUGGCUACAGGAGCCUCUACACAAAGCCAAGGCAUAUUAAGCGUCUAGGGGAUCGGAGGAGGGAUUCAUGGGGGCCUUUGUGUGUCUGGAAUAAAUGUCUCAUACAACUGCAUGCUAUUCUGUCUAAAGGGCACAUACCUCAUUGUCUCAAGUCAAUACUGGUAGAAAAUAAUAUAAUUUAGUGCUCAUUUGAAUCAGCAGCAACAAAAUGUACCCUGGGAAAUGUAGGUGAUCUCAGUUUGAAAGAAAAUCGGUUAGGAUUGGUAAGACUGCAACCAUUUUUUUCUAACAUUUGUUUUGUCUUUAAGCCCAUGUAAUUAUAAGGGGCGUGUGAUUCAUCAUGUAUCUAGCAUAAUUUAAUUGCUCCUUUUCGAUUUUGCCUUUUGACCCCUUCCCACUCCUUUCGAUUUUGUUGGUUUAUUUGAAUAGAUCGUAAGCUAAUGACAGAUUACCAGGCCGGAUUCAAUCCUACUGUGACAGUGGUAUAUACAUGUACCAGGAGCAACAGCACUAACCACUUGACCAUCCAGACCACAUCAUCAGUCAUGAUUAAACAGAAAUGGUAGCAGCAGUGAGUGAAUGCAUUCUCCAAUUCUACACAAAAACCUGAUCUGAUCAGAUCUACAUGUGUCAUGUCUGACAGGUCAUGAGCAUCCCUUCAGUAUUAUCCUAAACUCCUUGAGGGAAACGGACCGCAAAGCCUUGGCAGUCACCAACAACAUCCUGACUGUAGAUGGGAGCCUCUACCUUGAUCACCUUCUCAAAGACGCUUCCGGCCCUUGCUUCAUCCUCAGGCUAAAGGCUGAAGGGGGAGGACAUGGCCGAGCAGGUGAAUCCUUCAUUAACUUUCACUAAGAGAGAGAGAGAGAGAGAGAGAGAGAGAGAGAGAGAGAGAGAGAGAGAGAGAGAGAGAGAGAGAGAGAGAGAGAGAGAGAGAGAGAAAGAGAGAGAGAGAGAGAGAGAGAGAUUUUGUUAAACGUUUUCUACUUUCUACACAUCAAUUAUCUAGCCCUCUUUACGGAAGUGGUUUAUUUAGAAUGGAGAUAGUAAAUAACUUCCUAUCGCGGUAGCACAUGUAGUUCUACGGACGUUAUCGGAAUCCGCUUCCUGUAAUUCGAAUAAUUACAGUGUUUUAAAUGUGCCAUUGCUUGUUGGAGGUAUAGCAUACUGUCUCUCUGUCUUAACAUAACAUUCUGGAAAAAAAGUAAUACAAAUGAUUUUAUAAUUAAGCUUUUUGCUGCUCUUUAUAAUUAAUAAUGUAUUCUCAAAUGCCAAAUAAAUUAUUCUGCCAGGUCAUUUCUAUGCACCGAUGUGAAAAGUGUAUCUGAAAAAACAUGUAUGGUGAUUUCUCUGCAUUGUGCCUUUUAAUGGUGUUUUCAGCGGCUGUCCUGUAAUGCCAAAGUUUUCUACCAAACAAUUUAUGGCAAGACCCAAGUAUUUUACUUUUUCCACCAGCCAUCAGUGCUCACAUCCAUGUCUUCUCAUGCAUGCCUUUGUAGCUGUAUUGUCCCUGUCUGUGUCUGCAUACUUAGAAAACAAGGUUAAUCAAUGGUUCUUUGGUAAGGGUGAUGGUUCUAUGUGCAACCAUAAUGACUCUUUCCUCUUUAAGUUAUAAUACAAAUGUAGGGAUGGUGGCUCAUUCGAAUAUUUUUGGGUGUGGUUAUGCCAUUACAGUUUUUUUUUUAUCACUUCAGUAUGUGGUACAUUUUCACAACUCUAAGCACAAAAAUCUGAACAGAUCAUCAAAAUGGCUCAUGUUUCAAAACCCUUAGCAUGGUCCUGUGUAGCUCAGUUGGUAGAGCAUGGCGUUUGCAACGCCAGGGUUGUGGGUUUGAUUCCCAUUGGGGGCCAGUAUGAAAAUGUAUGCACUCACUAACUGUAAGUUGCUCUGGAUAAGAGCGUCUGCUAAAUGACUAAAAUGUAACAUUUUCUCUUUCAAUCUAAGUCUCUUUUCAAAAUGCAAUACUCACUUUACUUUUGAUAUGAUUUUCUUGUCAUUUGUUAACAAUACAAUUAACUAUCACUUAAUCAAACUGCUCAAAACUGAUAACUACUGAACCAAAACUAUGUAGUACCUAGUUAAUGUAUAUACAAAUUUUUUUCAAUCAUUUUGGUGCAAUUUUCACAAGUACGUGGUACACUUUCAGAACUCUAUGCACAAAAAUCCAAACAGAUCAUCUAAGUAUCCGCUUAUAAAAAUGUCUAAGUAUUCACUUUACUUUUGACACGAUUUUCUUGUAAUUUGUUAACAAUACUGCUCAAAACGGAUAACUACUUAACCAAAAUUAUGUAGUGCCUAGUUAACGCAUAUACUUUAACACUAUACAUUUCUAUAUUUUUUACUCAUAAAUGUAUCAAUUUGACAUUCAUUUAUGUUGGAAGGUAAAACCAGAUCAUAUAUGGUAAAACCAGAUCAUAUAAUGCAUCAUCAUUCUUCAUCAGCCAGUGUGCUUCAAUAGGACAAAGUGGAAAGAGUUACUCUAUGUGCUACUAUUUGAAAUACCUGGGUUGUAUAUAACAAUAUAUUCCACUCAUUAUCUGAAUUUCAUUGAUACACUGUAAGCUGAUGAAUUUCAAGCAGAGAGACACUGUUUCAGUUGACAAGUCAUGUAAAAAAAGAAGGUGAUGUUGUACAUGUUGCAUGGGGCAGAAAUGGCAUACAACACUGUGGUACGUUUUUACAGUAGUCAACUACUUUACAAUACCCUUAUUCUUGAACUGGAUAAGGAUAAUAAAACUGGAUAAUGAAACUGUAAGACUGACAUACAGUAUUUCUCAACAAGCUUGCCUUUGGAUACAAAUAUUGCAUGUGAAGUUAUAGUCAAAUACUGGAUGGAAAAUUAUAUUUACCAUCUACUAUUCUUUCUAUUCAGCACUUCAAAAAUAACAGUUACUGUAUUUUUUGCUAUUGGAUUAAAUGAUGGGCCUAUUUUAUUUUACUAGGCAAGUCAGUUAAGAACAAAUUCUUAUUUACAAUGACGGCCUACACCGGCCAAACCUGGACAACUGUGCACCACCCUAUGGGACUCCCAAUCACGGCCGGUUGUGAUACAGCCUGGAAUUGAACCAGGGGGUCUGUAGUGACUCCUCAAGCACUGAGAUACAGUGCCUUAGACCACUGCGCCACUCGGGAGCCUAUCAUUACAUGAUGUAUUGGUGACUAAACAAAAUGUAACUCUCACGGCGCCUCCCGGCACUUCUCUUUUCCCACUAGCACUGACUUUGCUGAUAAAUACUUUGUUGAGGGAAAAUGUACAUUAUACUAUUGUGAUGUGUUGUUGUCUCACCUACAGUUGAAGUCAGAAGUUUACAGUCAGUUAGGUUGGAGUCAUUAAAACUCGUUUUUCAACCACUACACACAUUUCUUUUUAACAAACUAUAGUUUUGGCAAGUCGGUUAGGACAUCUACUUUGUGCAUGACACAAGUAAUUUUUCCAACAAUUGUUUACAGACAGAUUAUUUCACUUAUAAUUCACUGUAUCACAAUUCCAGUGGGUCAGAAGUUUACAUACACUAAGUUGACUGUGCCUUUAAACAGCUUGGAAAAUUCCAGAAAAUGAUGUCAUGGCUUUAGAAGCUUCUGAUAUGCUAAUUGACAUAAUUUGAGUCAAUUGGAGGUGUACCUGUGGAUGAAUUUCAAGGCCUACCUUCAAACUCAGUGCCUCUUUGCUUGACAUCAUGGGAAAAUCAAAAGAAAUCAGCCAAGACCUCAGAAAAAUAAUUGUCAACCUCUACAAGUCUGGUUCAUCCUUGGGAGCAAUUUCCAAAUGCCUGAAGGUUCCACGUUCAUCUGUACAAACAAUAAUAAGUAUAAACACCAUGGGUCCACACAGCCGUCAUACCGCUCAGUAAGGAGACGCGUUCUGUCUCCUAGAGAUUAACGUUCUUUGGUGCGAAAAGUGCAAAUCAAUCCCAGAACAACAGCAAAGGACCUUGUGAAGAUGCUGGAGGAAACAGGUACAAAAGUAUCUAUAUCCACAGUUAAACAAGUCCUAUAUCGACAUAACCUGAAAGGCCACUCAGCAAGGAAGAAGCCACUGCUCCAAAACCGCCAUAGAAAAGCCAGACUACGGUUUACAACUGCACAUGGGGACAAAGAUCGUACUUUUUGGAGAAAUGUCCUCUGGGCUGAUGAAACAAAAAUAGAACUGUUUGGCCAUAAUGACCAUCGUUAUGUUUGGAGGAAAAAGGGGUCAGCUUGCAAGCCGAAGAACACCAUCCCAACUGUGAAGCACAGGGGUGGCAGCAUCAUGCUGUGGGGGUGCUUUGCUGCAGGAGGGACUGGUGCACUUCACAAAAUAGAUGGCAUCAUGAGGAAGGAAAAUGAUGUGGAUAUAUUGAAGCAACAUCUCAAGACAUCAGUCAGGAAGUUAAAGCUUGGUCGCAAAUGGGUCUUCCAAAUGGACAAUGACCCCAAGCAUACUUCCAAAGUUGUGGCAAAAUGGCUUAAGGACAACAAAGUCAAGGUAUUGGAGUGGCCAUCACAAAGCCCUGACCUCAAUCCUAUAGAACAUUUGUGGGCAGAACUGAAAAAGUGUGUGCGAGCAAGGAGGCCUACAAACCUGACUCAGUUACACCAGCUCUGUCAGGAGGAAUGGGCCAAAAUUCACCCAACUUUGUGGAAGGCUACCCGAAACGUUUGACCCAGGUUAAAUAAUUUAAAGGCAAUGCUUCCAAAUACUAAUUGAGUGUAUGUAAACUUCUGACCCACUGGGAAUGUGAUGAAAGAAAUAAAAGCUGAAAUAAAUCAUUCUCUCUACUAUUAUUCUGACAUUUCACAUUCUUAAAAUAAAGUGGCGAUCCUAACUGACCUAAGACAGGGAAUUUUUACUAGGAUUAAAUGUCAGGAAUUGUGAAAAACUGAGUUUAAAUGUAUUUGGCUAAGGUGUAUGUAAACUUCCGACUUCAACUGUAGCUAUCUUAAGAUGAAUGCACUAAUUGUAAGUCGGUGUGGAUAAGAGUGUCUGCUAAAUGGCAAAAAAAUAAUAUUCUCAUGGUAUUUCACAGAAAACGUUUAUUUUGCAGGGGUGAAAGAUGUGUGAAACCCCAAUAAUUGCACAAUCAAAGGUUCUAAACAUAAGAUAGGGAGCAUUACAAGGGUUAUCAGUUUAGAGUUUUGUACUUAGAGUUUUGAAAAUAUACCACUUACAUCUGAAGAAUGUGCCAAAGGGAUUAACAAAAACAUUGAAUAUGGCCAGCAACAGUGUCUUCCUACAAUUCUACACAUUUUGCCAUGGGGUAAAGAGAAAAAUGUGGUAAGGCCUUGUGUCAAUUAAGAACUGUUGUCUAAAUUAGUGGUUCUCAAACCUCUCCUCGGCGACCCCCAGUCAUUCCUUGUAUUUGAUAUAUUCCAGAGCUAGUAUACCUGAUUCAACUUGUCAAAUAACACAAUAAUAACAUCUAUGGAACUUAAUUCAACACAAAACAAUAUAAUAUGGCUAAAUAAAGAAUAAAGAACCCUUUGCGGUUCUUCAAAAGUUUUUGUUGUAGAACCUUUGAGAUUGAGAAUAGUUCUUUAUAGAACCUUAAUGAGAAAGGGUUAUUACAGCACCAUAAAAGUUCUAUAAAAACCAUUAAAUAAAGGUUAUAUGUAGUACCAGAAAAGGGUUGUAAUGACAGUGGUCCUUUGCAGUUCUUUAUUGAAAAUUUUUAAAAAGGGUUCUAUAGAGCACCCAAACCAUUUUCUUAAGUGUAGGUUAUUUUCUGGGAAUAGCAUUUAUUUGUUACUCAAGAUACUGUUUUAAUCCUUUUUUCUGCAAUGUGGGUUUAGCUGAAAGCAGGUUUGUAUUAAUAUGGAUCAAACAGGCUUUAUGUCUGUUCAUUAUUUAGACAACCACAUAUCUGUCACUCAAAGAGUUUCUAAAGAAUGUGCUGUUCAUAAUUUCCAUCAGAUUCAACUCAGAAACAUAUCAAGAGAAAGAGGUCUCUGAUAGACUGGGCCCUAAGAAGACAUGGCAGCCAAGCAGGUGGAUAUCCUGAAUCCCCCACCACUCCUCACAAGCUCUUUGGUCUUUCAUUGUCCUCCAUCUGUCGUCAUGGAAACCUACCCAGACCCAUCAUGGUGAGUUGUCAUCCGCUCAUUUAUGAAAAAAUAUAAAGUAUUACAGAACUCUCUACUGUUGGGAAAGCUGCGAAGAUAAUAACAAUCAUGAUGGGCAAAUUAGGAUAAUAUCAGUCAUGGUGGGCAAAUUAUUCACAGCUUGUAGUUGCGGCUACAAACUACAUAUUAUGUCUGAUCCAUUAUCUAUUGUCCAUACAGGACUUGCUGAAUCUGUUGUAUCACGAGGGCCCCACCACUACAGGGAUCUUCCGGCGCUCGGCCAAUGCUAAGACUUGCCGGGAGCUGAAGGAGAGACUGAACUCCGGCAACAGCGUUCAGCUGGAGGGGGAAUCUGUGUUUGUUGCUGCAUCAGUCAUCACUGUAAGUGCUUUCUGAAGUCACACUUGUGUUUUAGAUUACUUACUAGCCUGCAUAGGAUUUAAAACAUAGAUAUUAUGGCCAGCAGUAACAGUAGCAUGUUAAAAUGGAGGACGAAAAGUUAAAAGUCACUAUUUUCAUUCUGUACUGUAUAGAUUUUGAUUGCUAAGACUACUAUAUUUGAAUGAACAGGACUUUCUGCGCAACCUCCCUGGCAGUGUGCUCAGUACUGUUUUGUAUGAGAAGUGGAUGGAUGUCAUGGCGGCUGAUGAUAUUGAGGACAAGAUUGAGUUGAUAAAAAGGUGAGACACAAAUACAUUAUGUUUUUUUUGAUGAGUGGCUAAAAUAAAUUAGGUCUCAUCAGUUCCUUGAUAAGCAUAAGACAAGUGUGUUAGAGCAGGGAUUAAACAAAAGCCUGCACCCUCUAGCUCUCCAGAAGGGUUGGCCACCUCUUAUAUAAUGACUCCAACACCAUCAUUAAGUUUGCCGACGACACAACAGUGGUAGGCCUGAUCACCAACAACGAUGAGACAGCCUAUAGGGAGGAGGUCAGAGACCUGGCCGUGUGGUGCCAAGAUAACAAACUCUCCCUCAACGUGAUCAAGACAAAGGAGAGGGCGCAGUGAUCAAGACCUCCCGAGUGGCGCAGUGGUCUAAGGCACUGCAUGGCUGUGCCACUAGAGAUCCUGGUUCGAAUCCAGGCUCUGCUGUAGCCGGCCGCAACCGGAAGACCAUUGGGGCGGCGUACAAUUGGCCCAGCGUCGUCCAGGGUAGGGGAGGGAAUGGCCGGCAGGGAGGUAGCUCAGUUGGUAGAGCAUGGCGUUUGCAACGCCAGGGUUGUGGGUUCGAUUCCCACGGGGGGCCAGUAUGAAAAAAAAAAAUUAAUAAUAAUAACUAACUGUAAGUCGCUCUGGAUAAGCGCGUCUGCUAAAUGACGUAAAUGUAAAUGAGAUGAUUGUGGACAACAGGAAAAAAAGAAGACUUAGCAAGCCCCCAUUCUCAUCGACGGGGCUGUAGUGGAACAGGUUGAGAGCUUCAAGUUCCUUGGUGUCCACAUCACAAACAAACUAUCAUGGUCCAAACACACCAAGACAGUCGUGAAGAGGGCACGACAAAGCCUAUUCCCCCUCAGGAGACUGAAAAGAUUUGGCAUGGGUCCUCAGAUCCUCAAAAAGUUAUACAGCUGCACCAUUGAGAGCAUCCUGACUGGUUGCAUCACUGCCUGGUAUGGCAACUGCUCGGCCUCCAACCGCAAGGCACUACAGAGGGUAGCGUGUACGGCCCAGUACAUCACUGGGGCCAAGCUUCCUGCCAUCCAGGACCUCUAUACCAGGCAGGGUCAGAGGAAGGCCCUAAACAUUUUCAAAAACUCCAACCACCCUAGUCAUAGACUGUUCUCUCUGCUACUGCACUCCCUCUUCAUUUGUUAAAUGUGCUCUGUGUGGUUUUUCAAGGAUAUUGAGAUAAAAAAGAGAGAUGUUGAAUGACUUUUAAAACAGGACAUGAAGUGCUGAGAAUGCUAUUGGAACUGAAAGACAAGCAUGGCAGUUCGGUGCGUUAUUCUAGAUGCACAAAACUAUUGAAUUCAUUUUAUUGAGGGCAUUUAACCUCUAUUAAAGACUAUUGUUUGAUAUGUCCUUUUAUUUAGCUUUUCUGCCAGCCACAGGUUUCAAGGUUUGAAUCAUUGUGUGCAUCAGCCACUCUACAUUACUAGCCUCAAUUAGCCGUUGGGGUAUUAAUGGUAUUUCAUUUUCUGUACCCUCAGACUAUUGAGCCAGCUUCCAGAGGAUAAUGUUACCUUGCUCCACUACCUGUUCGCCCUUCUCUACCACAUCCAGAAGCGCUCGCAGGAGAACCAGAUGAACGCUUUCAACCUGGCCCUCUGUAUCGCUCCCAACAUGCUGUGGCUGCCUGUUCCCACUGGGCCGGAGGAGGAGAGUCAGUCCACUAAAAAGGUAAAUUUACUGAGGGAUCCCCUGCCCAACAACAAUAGUACCCAAUGCAUAUUUUAGAAGUACCAUAAAACAUAUUCAAUAAUUCAUGGAUUAAUUAUUUUUCUCUGUAUUUUGUACACAGAGAAAUAAAUUAAUUAUUGAAGAUGAUUUAUGGUACUUAUAAAAUAUCCAUAGAGUACUAUUGUGUGCUGACCAUGUCUUUCACUAUGGACUAUAAGGAUCCAGCACCCGACUACUAUACAAUGUAUGGUCAAAGAUCAUACCCCCAAGACAUGCUAACCUCUCAUCAUUACCAAUAACAGGGGAGGUAAGCAUGUCUUGGUGGUAUGAUCUUUGACACUCUGUAACUUUCUCAUUCUUCAUUAUUCAUGAUUAAUUCAGGAUUAUCUGUAAUCAUGGUAGCAUCCAAAUUAAUGUAGAAGUGUUUAGAAACAUAUUCUGUUCUUAUUUACAAUAAAAGUGAUUCCAAAAUUACACAAUGCAUUUUUUACCAUUAAUUUCUAUUGGGCACAAAAUAAUCUGAAACACAACCAAAUGCAUCCAACAAGUUUGUAGAGUCACAAGCUUGAUGUACUCAUUGCGUGCUAGGAAUAUGGGACCAAAUACUACACUUUUGAAUACUUUAUUCAUAAGAAUCUUUACCGGUGUCAAUAAAGUUGACCUCUACCUUUUUGAGAAAAACUAUUAUUACUUCUUAAACAAAAUCUUUCUCUGAGCAAUUGUAUUAGUAUAAAAUAAUAUAAUUUCCCCUUUUAUUGCAUACAGUAGCUCAGUAUUUAAAUUAUUUAUUUUACACAGUCAGUUUUGCUCAUUUUUAUCAAGGGUGUCAAUAAUUUCGGACCCCACUGUAUAUGCUGAAAUUGUCAGUUCAUAUUUGGUACUGCUUUUGGAAUAGGCAUUUUCUAUCUCUUCAGCAGCUUACUGCUAAAAUAAUCAUUUUAAAGAGCAACAUAAUGUCAAGGCUAAGAAAUGAAUUACGUUUAAUUUGCAGAGGAUCAAAAACAGUCUAGCUGGUACAUUGUUGUCUGCGACACAAUUUGGCCUACACAAUUAUUAUGCCAAUUAAACGUCAGCACAUUGAUCUAGUGUUUGACCUUUGUGUUGCUGUGAAACAUCACCAAGAUAAAAACAGUUCUCAAGAGUUCUAAACACAUCAAAGUUAACUUAUAAGAUAUAAGUUGUCUGUUUCGGUGUAAAUUGGAAUAAUACAUUGAAUUGAAAGUACUUUUCAUUGAACCCCAGUAAUGACUAGUGUUUUAGCUAGCAAGAAAAUAUCAUUAUCAUCCAUGAGUAGAUAAUGUACGUGUGCUACCUAUUUGUUAAAGGUUUCUGCCUCAAUUAGUUUUUCAUGUCUCCCAUGCAGGUUGCAGCUCUUGUUCAACUCCUCAUUGAAAACACCCCAGCCAUUUUUGGUGAAGAUGUUGAGUGCAUUUUCACUGAGCCAAAGAAUGAACAAGGAACUGUAGAGGAUGUCAUGGGUGAGAUCUAUGUUAGAUAAGUGUUUCUACACUAUUUUAGCAUUUUCAUGGUAACCAUGUGCUCUCAAUUUGAUAUUUUUGUGUUUUUUCUUUUAGUGGAGUCUUACCAGCAGGUCUACUCGUCUGAUCAUUGGGACUGUGAGAAGCAAGAAGGACUUCACUCUCCUAACAGGGAACCCUUUUUCCUGCCACUGGGGAAACUGGUCUUGAAAGAAGAGAAAGAGAUUUUGGGGCUUCUGAAUGAGGUUGACUCCUUGAAAAAGCAACAUGUGAACGAGGACAGCGCUUAUAGCUGUGGGAAUCUAGACUUAAUGUCUUCCCUCUCCAGUGGGUCUAUCUGCUCCUUGAUGGGGACCCAGAGUCUUCGCUCAGCCCGCUGCUCCUCGGAGCCCAUUGUGUGUCUAGGCUCCCCCCGGUUGGGGCCCCACAGCCAGCUCUACACACCUGUCGCCCGCCAGUCCAGCUGCGAUGCAGCAGUGAUGUGUGGCCGUGCAGACCACUCCCAACACACACACAAAUCCCACACUAAGGGGCUACUAAAGGGGGACAGCAGCCCCAGGGUAGGUGGCAGCAAGUCUAGGUAUGCCUUCUGGAGGUCCCCUCAGGUAGCCUCUAGGUUCUGGCACCCUGCCCAGAGGCUGGCCGUGUCCAACAGGUCCAGUUUCUCCAGCCUGUCCUCCACAGCCACCUCCCCAUCUAGCUCCUCUCUGAGCUCUAUAGACAGCGCCUUCUCCUUCUGCUCCGACUGUGUGUCCUCUCCCAACGAGUCCAACUCCCUCCCCUUCCUUUUCGGCAUGUCGGCACGUUUACGCCCUCUCACUCCAGACACCCCGAAGAAAUUCCCAAAAGACUGGAGCAUGACAUUCCCAGCGGCAGUGGCUCAGGCACCCGAGGUUUUGGACUGGUAUAAUGAGUAUGAUGAGAGAGAGGAAGACAAGGAGCAUUACCGUUCUAUUAGGAUUCAGAAUAGAGAAGACCACCAGAUGCUCACUCAAAGCCUCUGUAGUUUAAAAGGUGAGAAUAGUCAAAGCCCUGUCCCUCAACCAGAUGACAGUGAGAAGAUUCUCUCUGAUUGGAGAGGGGAGCAGGUGCACCAGAAGGAUAAAGUGUUCGAGACGUCAGAGUCAAAGGGGCAGACCAAAGAAACAUCCAUUGCACACAUACAGCUGAGAAAAAGAAAAAAAACAGGCUGUCAAGAAAGAAGUACAUUUUAAACCUCCUCUAACAGAAUGCUGGUUAAAAAACAGUCUGAUCAAUCUGUGGAAGAGUGUGGAGUCUAUCUGGUGUCUGACACAGGGAGAGAACAUCAGGAAAAUGCAGAACUGCUGGCCCAAAGUAUGCAGCUCCACAUACCGCAGACAGUGUUCUAUGGUCAAAACACUCCACUGGUCCUGCAUUCUGUGUCAACCAGACAAUCUGCCAAUAACGAGAAAGGAGCAAAGGCCAAAAUAGAUAUUCACCGUGGUGAAGUGGUCCCUGAACAGUUGGGCGUUGGGUGCACCCCUCUCUCCCACACAUCAUCUAAAACUCAUGGCAAAACUGCAAGCACAGUCAGCCACAAGACUGCAAGAACAAUCAGCCACAAAACUGCAAGUGCAAUCAGCCACACUAUUAGAAUAAAACUGCCAGCAACUGUCAGAAAUACUGUGAGAGAAUACUUCAACUCAAGUGACAGCAAGAAUGGCCACUCAGAUGCAAAAGCGAUCGAAAAAGAGCUCCUCAUAAGUAAACUCCAGUGGCAAAGUAAAAUGUCGGAACCAACAGAAAAUGCCACAAAGCUAUUACAUGGUGAGGACUCAGUUGUCUGAUUGUUAAUGCUCAUCAUUUGGUGUUUUAUAAUGGGUUAUCAGAAUGUAGAUAAUCCUGGAUUAUUUCAUCCUCCUCUUUGUAUGUAUUUAUUGCUAAAUUAUGAAUU